GUUUGGAGUAACCCUUUACACGGAGGCUACGUACCUUGUUCAACAAAUUGUUAGUUCGCGAGUGCUCUCCACUCUAGAUUGAAGUGAAAUUAACUAAUCUUUUUAACUAAAGGCCACAAUGUCAAUAAAGCCACUCCUCCUCCCUAUACUACUAUGGUGCAUGAUGACGUCAUGUAAAGGUGCCGCUCCAUGCAAGUUGCGCGUCUACCUCGCGAGAGCCGAACAGACAGAUGAGAACGGUCUCAAGUGCUGGGACACUGUCAAAGUGCCGGCUUGUGGGGGCAGGUGUGAUUCUAGAGAGAUUUCAGACUGGGAGUUUCCAUUCAAGAAGUCCCACCACCCCGUGUGCUUGUACGGAAGCCGACGACCAUUGAUGGUGCGUCUGCGACACUGUGACGCGGGAGUGGCGACAGGCACCGAUGUCUUCCAUUAUAUUGCAGCUGAGGAGUGCCGGUGCAAGGUAUGUUCAUCUGAAUAUACGAGCUGCGAGUGGAUGCCACCAAACUCAACUCUAAUGGACGGAGUAGACGGUAUGGACUUUGAAGAUCUGGAGGAAGAAUAUAACGAAUAA